CGACGUACGUCUAGAGGGCGCCGUUGUGUCUUCAGAUUUUCGGCGCGCAUUUGACACUCGACCCGCUGUGAAACUGGAGAAGCGGGUGGGAGGCUGACCGUUAACCUGUUCUGGCACCAUUGGUUUACUGAGGCGAUUAGACGUCCGCCGAGUGUCUUGAAGGAGGAGCGACGUUUAACGUUUGACAGGAAUCGGGAAGCCGCUUCCAUCCGCGAGAUCGCAGCUGUAGCGCAGGUGAGGGACGAUGAGGGCGGAGGAGUGAACUCAAAAGGUUGGAAGACUCGUGGGACGUCAAGCAAAGAUGCUUGAGGCUGACGACCAGGCAGGAGCUGCAGUUGAGGAGGAAGAGGAGGAAGACAUGGGGAGCAGGGACUUGGAGUCGGAGGUGAUGCGGUUGACGCUUGAGCUCCAGGAGGCCACAGAGGAAAAACUCCAGGCUGCACGCUAUGGCCUGGCAAUGCUGGAGGAAAGUGCUGCCCUCAAGAAGAAACACAGUCAGCUGGAAGAAGAGCAUGAAACCCUGAAGCUGGAGCUACAGCAGCUCAGAGAGGCUUUCGCAGAUUCUGUGAGCAGCCAGAAGCGCGCAGCUGCCGAUGGAGAGUGCCGGGAGGAAAACCUCCUGCAGGAGACUGCGAGUAAAGAGGCUGCCAUGGCAACCCGCAUGGAGGAAGUUCAGGCAGAGCUCAAACAAACGCGUCUCGCUUUGAGCAACACCCACGCAGAAAUCGAACGAUUGGGGGUUCUCUCCACCCAACUGAAGAAGGAGUGUGAGUGCCUGGAAGCAGAGAAAGGCCAUCUGAGAGAUGAAAUAAAGGAGUAUAAAGUACGCGAGCUGCGGCAGCUGCAGGACAACAGUGAGCUGGAGGAGGAGAACAUCUCUCUGCAGAAGCAGGUGUCUGUGCUUAAGGAAAACCAGGUUGAAUUUGAGUCCAUAAAGCUGGAGCUGACCCACAAGAACGAGGAGCAGGAGGACUUGCGGGGUCAGCUCGACGAGGCGGCCAGGCUGAGGGAGAUCGCGGAGAGACAGCUGGAGGAAGCCCUGGAUGCUCUGAAAGAGGAGAGGGAGCAGAAGAACAGCCUGCGCCGGGAGCUCUCCGCCUUGACCUUGAACCCCUUCGACUCCGUGGGGAACCUGGAGCUCCACUUGGACCAUCUGGACGACAGCCACGAGGAGGGUCAGGGGGGCGAGGAAGACAACCAGGACAGCGGCUAUAACCACGGCUCCGGGUCUGUGUCGGCUCCGCCCUCAGGUGGAUCCAAAAGCAACGGCGUGGCGCACCGCUACUCCACUCCGCGCAACAGCGACAAGUUCCUGCGGGCUCCGGCCUCGGGACUUGUGUCUGACCUGCUGAGCGAGUUGCACUUCUCUGACAGUCAGAAGCUGAAGCAGCAGCUCCUGCAGGCUGAACGAGACAAAUCCAGCUUGGCCAGCAAGGUGGAAGAACUUCAAAUGCAGCUGAUGAUGUCCAAACAGGCUCUCAGUCAGCAGCAAGACAAGGUCGGCUCGCUCAUGCAACAGCUGGAUGCUGUGCAGAGUAGUCAGCAUCCAAACCAGGACACGGAGAAGAGUGGGGAUAAUGAGAAAGAAAGUGGUGGUGAUGGAAAUGCGGCGUUUGACUAUGAAGUGGACACCAAGAGCAAGGAGGUGCUGGAGGCGCGGAUGCGCGCGGCUAACGAGGAGCUCCUGAAGCUGCGGGAUGACCUGUCUCAGGCGGGAGCUCGCUACAGCACCCUGGAGCAGAAAUACAAGCAGGAGAAGGAGCGCUGGCGGGGAGAGGCCCAGGACCUGGCCGACAAAAUCCGCCAGUGCAUCAAGUCGAGCAAGCAGGACCAGGAGCGCAUCAGCGAGCUUGAGAAAGAGAUCGGAGCCACGCGGAAAGUGGCGACGGAUUCGGAGGGGCACUUGAGCGUCGCUCAGGAAGAGCUGCUGGCUUUCUCCGAAGAGCUGUCCAACCUCUACCACCACAUCUGCGUGUGCAACAAUCUGACACCCAAGCGCGUCACCCUGGACUAUUACCGGGACGGCGCCAGGGCGAGCAGCGCCCGGAGGUCCCACCACUUCAACCCGCAGCACGCCGCCCAGAAGAAGCAAAGAGCCAACGACAUGUUCAUCUCCAAGGCUGCGGCGCUGCAGUUCAUGGGAGAGAUGGACAGCGCCGGAGCCAGCGGGGAGUACCCCGCCUGCCCCGGAUCCCCCACCCUGGACUUCAGGGACCCCUCCAACGUUUGCAACUUGGUGGCCGUCAUCCGCUGCCAAAUCAAACACCUGCGGGUGGCCGUGGACUUGUGUCGGCAGCGGGGCGCCAUGCCUUACUCGGGGCUCAGCAGCAGCGGCGAGACAGAGCGGGACGCCGAAAGCCUCUUGGAGGAAGUCUUGAAGCUCAAAUCUCUUCUCAGCACUAAGAAAGAACAGAUCGCGACGCUGCGAACUGUCCUCAAAGCUAACAAACAGACCGCUGAGUUGGCUUUGUCUAAUCUAAAAACCAAGUAUGAGACAGAGAAGAGCAUGGUGUCGGAGACCAUGAUGAAGCUGCGGAACGAGCUGAAGGCGCUGAAGGAGGACGCCGCCACCUUCUCCUCACUGCGGGUCAUGUUUGCCAGCCGAUGUGACCAGUAUGUCACUCAGCUGGAUGAGAUGCAGAGGCAGCUCGCAGCUGCAGAGGAUGAGAAGAAGACCCUGAAUUCGCUCCUGCGCAUGGCCAUCCAGCAGAAGCUGGCUCUCACUCAGCGCCUGGAGGACCUGGAGGCGCCUCUGUCUCCCCACAGCCUGAACAGCAGUCCCCGCCGCUCCCGGGCCAAAGAGCUCGCCAACAAAUCGGGCCGGGCCCCCCGAAGCCCGCGGAACAGUCCCGCUCGCACCCCGCUGAGGAGCAGCCCGAGGGCCAGCCCCGUCCUGGGCAGCAGCGUUCCCGCCUCCGCCACUCACCACUUGCGGUCUCUGACGCGGAGUCUCCACUCGAGUCCUCGCUGAAUCACUCUUCCCAUAAACCCCCUCACCUCCUGCAUUAAGGACCUGACUCGGUGUUGACUCCCAUUCUCCUCCUUCCCUGAUGUGGAACAUCCUGUCCAUCCAUGAUCUGACUCCGCAUCCUUCUCUCCACCCUCCAAAAAUUGUGGACUGAAAAAUAUUUAACAAAAAAAAAAAAAAAAAAAAAAAAGGCCCGUCAUCCCACCCUGUUGCUCCCGUCUCCUCGGAGUGGAGAAACCUGCAUGCACCCUGGAGAAGAAGACGGAUGCAUUCCCGUGUCCAACUGUCACCUGGUCUUGUGUGUUGUGCUGAACCCAGAACAGUAUUUAUUCCAGACUUUCUGGUGGACGGCAUUAACUAUCCUCAGGCUGUGAUCUGUUUUCUGAAGACCAAACGUCUUCACUCUCUGCCUUUUAACCUGUCAUCCUGGUCAGACCUUCCUGGUGUUUUUUUUUUUUUUUUAACCAUUAGGUCGUCCAUCACAGUCCUUUUUAUUGGUCAACACAGCCUCACUAGUAAAAGUCGUGUUUACUCCAGUGUUGCAGUUACUUCCUCCUUUUUAUCCUGAGGUCUGAGUCUUUGGCCUGUAAGCGACACCCUUUACAUGGAAAUAGAUCAGCCAUAUGUUCACCGCUUCAGGUGAGACCACGAGGAUUCAGAUGGAAGGCUUAGGAAACCUUUUAAUAAUGGAAGUCUGGGAGAACAGGAGGUUCAUCAAAGCUGUAGGGCAGCAAAAACAUUUAGAGAUCACUUAAAAUCAACAUCAGCGUCUCACAGCAGAAAAACACAUUUCCUCUUGAGUUCACAAAUCCUGAAAUUGCUUGAUGCUAAAUAACGUGUUCAACGCUCCUUUUUGUGACUGAUAACAGAUUCUUGCUGCUCCUGUUUUCUUCAGCUUUUAACUGCGUCUAUGGUUCAUAGUUGAGUGACCUCACCUGUUUAUCUACCACCUAUAUAUGAGAACGAUCAUCAGCCCAGUCUGUGGGGAAACCUCCCUUUCCUUUGUUUGAUUGAACAGCCAGUAGAACAAGACAUAAUCAAGAUGCUGCUUUUAUUUUGAAGGAUAAAUAUGCUGAAUAAAUACGGCUACAGAGCAAAAUCAUGUGUUUAUACAGCGACAUGGAUUCGUAAAAGUGGGAGCAUUUUUCGACUGUGAUUUGAGGACAGAAUUAAAUUGACAUUUGUUCUGAACCCUUAACUUUAGCACUUGGCCACAUGAUCUAUUUAAAUAAUAUUUGAUCUAAAGUAAUCUUUAAUGAAGCUUUGUUGGAUUAUGUUGAUGUUUACUAAUCUGGUUUUCCUGAAGAAGCCACGCCCCUUUUUUUCUUUUUUGUGCCUUUGUUCAGUCGUUUUGAUAACACUGUAGGUUUCCGUUUCUUUCAUUUUUGUUAAAUGUAUUUUGUUUUUGAGGAAGCUCAUUAAGCACUGUUGGCACUGACUACUGUGAUGUUUCAUUCUGUUAAAAUAUUGUCACUUUUUAGCCAGAAAAACUUAAUGAGAUUCAAAUAUGAGGACUUGUUGGCAAUCCUGGAUACAAGUAGUCACGUUUAUAUUUAUUGUAAAAAUAAUUAGCCAAAAUAAAGUCAAGAAUAUGAUCAUUGUAAAGAUCAUCAGCUUCAUAAAUCUUUUUUUUUUAUUUUGACUGAAAGGUGAACAUGUUUUAAUCUGAUGUCUCAUUACACUGAAGGAUGUGAAUGAUUUUCUUAUUUUAAAUCCACACUGUGCAGAUGUGUAUAAUUGUAAUUCCCAUUAUUGUAUGAUAACUUUAUUUAUGUGACCUACAUGUGAUGUAAAUUAAUCUAGCUUCCAUGCACACACUCUGUGUUCCUUGUUUCAGUCAUACACUUUAUGUGUAUGUAUGCAAGCUGACCUCCAACCCCUUAUGAAGAAUAAAAAGCCAACACUCUACAAA